AUAAAUGAAUCCCGUCUCAACUUCGCUUCACUUGUGUUUUUUUCUAAUUUUACUGUCAUUAGACCGAUAAUUUGAUGCAUAUUUUGUAUGCAACAGUUAUUUUGACCACAUAUUGUGCUCUAUUAUGAUUCAAAUCAUCGCGGGGAGUGCUCUAAGUGCUUCUAUAAACUAAAAUCAAUAACAAUCAGUGACCAACAAAGUUACCAAGAUGAAUUAUGAGGCGGAAAGAGCGAUGAACCAGAAGCGAUUGCGUAUGGAGGGCGAGCCGGGCCACGGAGUCGUCCAGGGGAACGGUUUGCCGCUAAAUUAUAUAGAUAAUGGGCACCAGAUACCGUACCAGCCUUACGCGGGAGCUUACAACACGCAUUACCCGCCCCCGGAUGCGUUUUCCCCGUACGGGCCGCCGCCCCCGGGGGGCUACGCGCCGCAAAACCUGUCGUAUGCCCCCCCCGCGCACCAAAAUUACCCUCAUCAUCAGAGUUUUCCGCCACAACAGCCUCCACAGGCUCAGUUGCAUAUGCAAUCCCAUAUGGUGCAAGGCUACGGAGACGUGGGGGUGCACAAGCCAGCGUGGCCCCCGCAGCCUCACCUGUUGCCUCCGCUCGAUGCUCAGAAGCCGUUGGACGUGAAACAGCUCAAACCGGAGAUCAAACUCGAGCCGACCGACGCACAGAAACGACCCCAUCCAGAAAAUGAGAUGAUGGGAGGAGAUCUGGAUCAACCAAAAAUAAAGAUCAAGACAGACAUAUUUAAGCCAGAUGAUCUAGCACACAGACCGCUAAUCGAUAAACCUCUAGAUGUUGCCCACAAGCCAAUGGACCCACACAAACCAGCAGAUUUACAGAGUAAAGAAGAUGGUCUUGCUGUAGGAGACAAACCCACAGAUAAAGCAGAGUCGUGUAAGGCGGAAGGAACUAAAGAUGGCGGUGGUGACGUCCAACGUCCGUCCGACGCGAGCGCAGCCUCCGCUGACAAGUCGGAGGAAGAUCGGAAACCGUUCAGCAGUCCGGAAGGUGCCAAGAUGGCGUCUACUCCUGGGAAGACGCCGACGUCGAGUAUGGAGCCAAAGAAGCGCGGCCGGCCGAAGGGGUCCACCAACAAGCCGAAGCCGGCCGGCGCCGCGCCAAAGCUGGCUCCGUCCGUGCCCGGCGCCGCUUCUCUUCGGGGAGCCGCGCCUCGGCCGGCGCCGCCCGCCGUCCGGCCAAGAGCGACCGGAUACCAGUACGCUAUCAGGCCGUUCAGGAAAGACUUCUCCGGGAUACAGUUUAGAAGGCGAUGGAGCGACGACUGUCUCGACUCGUCGCACAUACCCAACGAGGUGUACUUCGGCGACGUUCCCGUCUCCAUGGAGGUGCUGUUCAACUACUACGACGCCAACGCUGAAAGGGAGAAGCUGGCCACCCAAGCGGCUCAGAUAGCGGCUCAGAAGGCCGCCGCGGCUAAACUGGCCGCUGCUAAACUACAAGCGAGGGGACUCAUAUCCAACGAGGUCACCACGGUGGACUCAUCAUCGUCAGACGAUACAUCAGGAUCUUCAGGAAGUGAAUCGGAAGACAGUGAUGACGAGACGCCUCUAAAACGCGGCCCAGGCCGGCCGAAGGGCUCCAAGAACUCUGGGAGCCCUAAACCGGCGGGCACGCCGGGUUCGGUCGGCCGGCGCGGGCGCCCGCCGGUGCCGCCGGAACUCCGCCAGCCGGGCAUCACUGACAUGAAGAAGUUCUGCAAGGCCGCCGGAAUACGCUUCGAUUAUAAGAAGCUGGUUGAAGGCUGCACAAAGAACAAGGAACGAGUCCAGAAGAUGAUGGACCUCCUAACAGCCGCAGGGCUGGAGGGCAAGCCCACCAUCGACAAGUGCCGCGCGCUCAAACAGGCCAAGCAGGACAAGAAGGAGCAGGAGAAACAGGCCAAGAAAGACGCCAAGACCACCAAGCACAAAGAGAAGGAAGCGGCCCUGGAAGGCGGCGAGAGCGCGGCAUCGCGUCGCAUGACGCGCGGCGCGACGGGCGUGAAGCCGCGCCAGCGCAUCGUCAUCUCCUCGGACGAGGAGGACGACACGCCCGCCGCGCGCCGCACGCUCUCCAAGCUGCGCUCCAGCGUCAACGACUCCGACUCCGACUAG